AUGCUUUAUGCGUUCCUCAACAUGGCGGACGGAUAAUCUACUGCGCAUGCGCGAAACGAUGCCUUUAUUCGGGUUAAUCGCGUUAGCCGGAUCGUGUUAGCAAGAUGUAUAAAUUCUGCAUGUCAGAGUAAAGUGAAGCACCGAGCGAUGGCCAGAGAAAGAGCAGCUUUCUUCAGCCCGUUCGAGCAGGAGAUCAUCAUGAAGACUUUUGAGGAGUACAAACACAUCAUCAGAGCCAAAUGUAACACAGCUGCUGCAGCCAAAUCCAGAGUAGAAGCCUGGCAGAACAUAGCAGACAGAUUAAAUGAUGCCAACCCCAACAACAUAAAACGUACCUGGCAGCAGGUCAAGAUUAAAUACAAGAACAUUGUGCAAUGUGCCAACAGGAAGCGGAAGCAGAAGUUUGGUGAAGGAUCAACGACAAACGGGUUUUCACCUGCUGAAGAGGUGGCACUUUGGCAGAUCAGAGGGCGACCGGUGAUAGACGGCACCAUCUUGGGCCUUUCCUCCGAGCACACUGGUGUCGGUGUCGGCAGGCCCACAGCUACAGAGCCAGAAAACUCUACAACUCUUAUACAAACCGCGCCAACCGUACUUGAUUGUGCAGAAGAGCACACUGAGCAGUCUGAUUCAGAACAAGAUGAGAAGAACAUUGUGGUGUGUUCUCAUCCAGAAGAGGGGAAUGAAGCGUACACGAGUCAGGAAGAUCCUGGACCUUCUGGACCCUCAGGACCUGCUGUUGCAGAGUUUUAUUUGCAGAGAGACGAGGAUGUGACGGCGCUGUAUAAACGUUACCUCAGACAGGAAAUCGCCUACCGGCAACUGAAGAUGAAGAAGCUCGAGAAGGAGAUCCAGCUGCUCGAUAAACAGCUGGAUGUGAGUUAGAACAGUCAACUGAUGAUUAGUAGGACCACCUGAAAUGAACUUUGUGUCAGGGAUAUUAAGUGUUUAGGCUCCAUAUGAAACCAACGUCAGUGUCUCUCAAACUUCAGUUCUCCUUAAACAGAACCUUCAGAAACAGAUCAUGGUUUUUGGUGGCAGCUUGAUCACGUCAGUCCCACCAGAGAAAUCUUAUCUUACUGAAACCCAAAGAUGGAUUUUAACAAUCAGUUCAACUUUCUGUUAGAAGAGUCUCUUCCUAAUCCAGCGGAGAGGAACCUGGCUUUGUGUGACCGAAGACAACCGUCUCGCCAACAUGGCUGCCGAGUGCACAUAUUAAUAACACUGUUCAUAAAGUGUCAUAAAGUGUCAUAAAGUGUCAGCGUUUGUGUCGUCCGUCUGUAGAUGAUUAGCGGCAAAAUCCUCCGUUCAAUAAAUCCACAUUAAAAUAAUCAUUCAGAAAUGACCUGAAGAUGUGAUUAUUAAACUCACUUGAAAACUGA